UUCUCCAGAAGGCUUUAAAGAGCUUCUCCUCCAGCCUCCUCACUUGACGUAUUUUACACAUUAACUUCUCCAAGCAUCUAGUUAACAGCUGAGCUGAGCCAUGCCUGGGCAGAAACUUUCAUUUUCACCACUAUUUUCCUAAGUUGGCCUUACCUGAAAGACUCACAUAUUUGCAAAUCUGGCAGGGGAGAACAUGAUAUUAAGACAUUUUAGGAGACGAUGGACUAAUGAUGGCCGUUUACUGCCGUUUGUCCCAAAACCCAAUGAUAAUAUCUAUUCAAGGGUAUUUUUUCAGUGAAAGCUGGUGAUUGUACACGGAAGUCACAAAAUUACUCAACAUGAAUGAUUUAAGGCUGUACAAUUAUCCAGUUACAUGAUUAAAAAAAUAGUGUUUCUUUUUUCUUUUGGGUGGGAAAUAAAGCUAGUCUCUCAUCUUUUCUUCAGCAGAUGGCAGCAAAUAGGCCCAUGGAAUGGAAUGGAAACCACACCUCUGUAACCAUGUUUGUUCUCCGGGGUCUCUCAGAUAAAAAGGAGCUGCAGCUCAUCCUCUUUCCAAUAUUCCUAGGCAUCUAUCUGCUGACUCUCAUCUGGAACCUGGGUCUCAUCCUCCUCAUCAGGAUGGACUCCCACCUGCACACACCCAUGUACUUUUUUCUCAGUUUCCUCUCAUUUAUAGACAUCUGCUAUUCUUCUGCUAUCAGCCCAAGGAUGCUUUCGGACUUCUUUAAAGAUGAAAAAAGGAUUUCCUUCAUUGCCUGUGCCACUCAAUAUUUUAUUGCGGCCUGGAUGGGCAUGGCUGAGUGCUGCCUCUUGGCAGCCAUGGCCUAUGACCGAUAUGUGGCCAUUGGCAGCCCUCUGCAGUACUCAGCCAUCGUGGCUCCUGGUCUCUGUAGCAAGAUGGUUGCUGGGGCCUAUGUGAGUGGUUUCCUUAUUAGUUUAUCUCUAACAGUCUCUUGCUUUCAUCUUUACUACUGUGGGCCAAAUAUCAUUCAACAUUUCUUCUGUGACUUGCCUCGGAUUAUUCCCUUGUCUUGCUCCAAUGCCUUCAUUAGCCAAAUAAUUCUUCUUCUGGAAGCCAUUUUUAUUUUGUUUGGUUCUUUGCUUGUUAUCCUCUUGUCCUAUGCUUUCAUUGUAGCUUCCAUCCUGAACAUAUCCUCAGGCAAAGGUAGUGCCAAGGCCUUCAAUACCUGUGCCUCCCACCUGGCAACUGUGACACUCUUCUUUGGCACAGCCCUCUCUGUGUACAUGCGUCCCAGCUCUAGUCACUCCAUGAAGCAGGACAAGGUGCUGUCAGUGUUCUAUGUCAUCCUUAUCCCCGUGUUGAAUCCUCUGAUCUAUAGCCUGAGGAACAAGGAGAUCAAAGAGGCCCUCGAGAGGGUAAUAAAGAGAAAAACUUAUUAA